UUCGGGUGCACUGGUUUUUGUCAAGCACAUUACUGUUUUCUUUCCUUCUUGGCAAAGAAGAUCAUCAUAAUGAUGCUUGCAAAACAAGUUGCAAUUUACCAAGGCAGAGUUCCCAGUUGCACUGGAACGCAGCACGGCAGGGAUUCAAACAAGAGUUAUGGACGCUGCAGGUUUGUCGGAACAACUCGUGACUGAAGCCUGCAAGGAUGGAGACCCCGCCACUAAGGACUACAUGAUGCAACAAACCAUGCUGAGGGUCAAAGAUCCUGCUCGCUCCCUGGACUUCUACACCCGCGUCCUGGGCCUCACGUUGCUGCAGAAGAUCGACUUCCCCUCCAUGCACUUCAGCCUCUACUUCCUGGGCUAUGAGGACAAAGCUGACAUUCCAGAGGACAUCCGAGACAGGACAGCGUGGACGUUUUCCCGCCGAGCCACCUUGGAGUUGACACAUAACUGGGGGUCAGAGAAGAAUGCAAACUUGUCUUAUCACAACGGCAACAGCGACCCCCUUGGCUUUGGUCACAUUGGGAUCGCUGUGCCUGAUGUUGGCGCUGCUUGUCAGUACUUUCAAUCCCAAGGAGUGAGCUUCAUCAAGAAACCGGACUCAGGGAAGAGGAAGGGGUUGGCCUUCAUUCAAGAUCCUGAUGGCUACUGGAUCGAGAUCUUAAGUCCUAACAAGAUGGCACCCUUACUGUCACCUUAGCGUCAUCCUCAUCCUUCACAUGCUUGAUACUACAGUAAUAAUCAAUGUUGUCAUAGUUCAGAAGUUUAAUAAACAAACUUUAAUACAAUUCUCAUGUUCUACAAUAGCUAGUUAGCAUGCACUGUUUGCAUAAGUAGGGGCGGAGCUAAAAAAUCUCUCAUUUCAAGCCUUCAAUCAGCAGUCAGAUAACUUCAAUGCUCCAGGACAGUGAUUAUCAGACUGUGGUACGAUACGCAAGCUCCAUCUAGUGGUACGCCAAAUCACUUAAUUGAACAAUCAAACACAUAGUUACUGUUCAAACUGUGUGUAAUUGCCAAAAAAUAUUUAAUAAACUUCUGCCUUGUUUUUAAUGAAUAUUUAGGCCUACUACGCUACUGUAGUUUAGUGUUGGUCAUUAUGGUGGUACUUGGAGAGUCAAGUGUUUUCUGAGGUGGUACUUGGUGGCAAAAGUUUGAGAACCACUGUUCCAGGAGGUUCUGCUGGUGAAAGUGGGUGGGUUUGGGGGGGAGUUAAUGCAGACUUUGUCCUGCCUCUGGAGAAACCACAUCCUGCAUGUUUGCUCAGAGCAGAGGUAUGUAUAUGGCCAACCCAACUGCAGGCAAUCUCCUCAAUGAUUGGUCAAAAAGUCAUCACGCGACUACAGGGCGCCUUGACUGCUACCAACAGCUGAUGCUAUGUGUUUGCGGCGCUUCCUCGUUAGUAUUUCCACAUGUAAAAAUGCCCUGUUGUUCUGCAUGGGGCUGCUCCACUUGCGAGAAUUGUGGAGAACUUUUACAUCGCUUUCCCCACAACCAAGAAAGAAGACACAAAUGGGAAGUGACGAUUUGCCACCAAAUACCAGUGAUGGGCAAGCUACUUGGAACAUGUAGUAAUCUAAGCUACAAGUUACUCUCGAUUAAAUGUAGCUAAGCUACAGGGGCGGCCAUCCCCGGAGAAUUGUAGCAAGCUACACUGCAAGCUACACAGCAAAAGUAGCUUGCUACAUCUAAUGACAUAUCUAUGGGCCCACAUGUAUAAUAUCAAUAUUAAUGUAACUGAGAGUGUACAUAUGGACACAAUAAGGGUCCAUUACUAUUAACUAUCUGUCAUUUAGCUGGGGACACCCUACAACUACCUCUAGGGGACCCCACACUCCAUUGUAUGUAUUUAUUUAGUUUGCCUUUUCUUUGCCCCACCCUUGUAAUGUUAUUAAUUGUCUCUACCUACAGUAAAAA